CUGUUUCUUCUUUGCCCUCGAUUUACCGCUACGACCUCCUUUGUCUGGCGAUUCACUGUUCAAGGUCGUCCUUGAAGAAAUAGUGGUCGGUCCUCUCUUUUGUUUUUUCUUCUCCUCUCCUCCUUCUUCUAGGUUUUUCUCGCUUCUCUUCGCAGAAGCUUGAAGAAAUGGAAGCUUGAUCUUCACCGGAGGGAACACCCAGAUAGACUUGCUUACCCCCUGCGAGGGAACCCGUGGUGGAGCAAUUUAACUGGAUUAGAAAAAGGAUAUAUUUCCACUUAGCUAUGAGCUAGACCUAACGAGCUUCCCUUCGACUACCGGAAAGAGGAGUUUACCACCGCCUACGCCUACGUAUUCCACUCACUCUAUCAAGUCCUUCAGUUUUGCAGAUAUGGCUCCUCCUCCUGUGCAAACAAGCGGUGAAACUACACCCCACAGAGAUGGCGAACAAUACGCCAAUGUCAACUGGGAUGAGCUUGGAUUUGAUGCUGUUCCAACUGAUUAUAUGUACGUGAUGAAAUGCUCAAUAGAAGAAGGAGAUUUUUCCCAUGGAAAGCUUAUUCCUUACGGGAAUAUCGAGCUGAGCCCAUCUGCUGGAGUCCUCAACUAUGGACAGGGAUUAUUCGAAGGUCUCAAAGCAUACAGAAGAGAAGAUGGUCGUAUACAGCUAUUUAGGCCAGAACAGAACGCCCUGCGCAUGAAGAUGGGAGCAGAAAGAAUGUGCAUGUUAUCACCAACUGUUGAGCAAUUUGUUGACGCUGUAAAACAAACAGUUAUAGCCAACAACCGUUUCGUCCCACCUCCGGGGAAAGGAGCACUGUAUCUGAGGCCUCUGCUCAUGGGAAGUGGACCUCUUCUAGGACUGGCUCCGGCACCAGAAUAUACUUUCUUAAUAUUUGCUUCUCCGGUUGGUAAUUAUCACAAGGGUCGGCCAGCUCUCAAAUUGUUUGUAGAGGACAAGCUCCAAAGAGCAAUGCCUGGAGGAACUGGAGGUGUCAAGUCUAUCACCAACUACUCACCUGUUUACCUAGCACAAACUAAAGCAAAAGCCAAAGGGUACUCUGAUGUCUUAUUCUUAGAUUCUGCGCAUGGAAAAUAUGUAGAAGAGCUUGCUGUAUGUAACAUUUUCAUAGUGAAGGGUAACGUUGUCUCAACACCAGCAAUACAGGGUACAAUUCUUCCCGGGGUCACACGUAAGAGCAUCAUUGAGAUUGCUCUUGGUUUUGGUUACCAGGUUGAGGAACGUCUGAUCCCAGUGGAGGAUUUGCUUGAAGCUGAUGAAGUUUUCUGCACCGGAACUGCCGUGAUCGUUAAUUCUGUUGGUGGUGUAACUUAUCAGGAUAAAAGGGUUGAAUAUAAAACGGGGAAAGAGACACUGUCUAAGAAACUGUAUGAAACACUAAUAGGAAUUCAAACAGGGCGUGUUGAGGACAAGAUGGGGUGGACCCUUGAGGUCAACUGAGCUUUUAACUGAAAGAAAAGAAAAAUAAAUCUCGUUUUCUUUUAAGUGCAAUGGUUAUAAAGAAGGUUUGUAAUUCAGCAAAAUAAAUAAAUAAAUAAAUAAAUAAAGGUUUGUAAUUGUACUUGUUA